AUGUCUGAUCAAGACAUUCACCCAAAUAAAUAUGAUGAAUUUCGUAGUAUCCAUAAAUACUACAUCGAUUCAUAUACUGCGUUGUAUCAGCUGAAAACGGAAAACGAAGAAGAUUUAAACACGAUCUACAAAAUGAUCAAAACAGAAUUGAUUAAUUCAAACAACUAUUUGUCAAAAAGCAUUGUAAGAGAUAUUUUAAAAAUCAUUUCGUAUAAUAAUCGCUAUGCAAAGUCAUAUUUAUAUCUUGCUAAACGAAUAACUGAUGAAUAUCAUGUAACAGAGGUCAACAAAAUUCCAACCAUUUCCAGCUACCUGUUUUAUAAAGAAUAUGGAAUUACUUUAUACAAAUCUAAUAAUUUCAAAGAAUUUCAAAAUGAAGAUCUCAACAUUCAUUCAGAAAAUAGUAUUUUCACAGCAAUUAUGUAUAAUGACAAAGAAAGAUUCAUACAAUUCAUUGAAAGCGAUGAUUUUGAUAAAGAUAAAACACUUUACAGCCAUUUUUAUCCAAAUUCUGAUGAAAUAUUAACAUUACUUGAAUUAUGUUGUUACCAUGGAGCAAUUGAUUGUUUCAAGUUAUUAAGAACGAAAUUUAACUCAAAAAUAACUGAAACAUGUCUUCGAUUAUCAUUUUUAGGACGAAAUCCAGAGGUCAUGAGUGAAUGUUUGAAAUAUCAAAAGCCAGAUGAAGAAUGCAUGAAAUAUGCAAUUAUUUCACACAACAUCGAUUUUGUUACAUUCUUGAAGAAUGAGUACAAUAUAGAGAUUAAUUUAGAUUAUUGCGGACAAUAUAAAAAUCUUGAAUCAUUUUUGGUUUAUUUCGAUCAAAAGAAUGAUGAUAAUAAAUGUUUUGUUAAUUCAACGAUGUUUGAUAUUCCAUCCCUUAGCGAAUAUUUCCUUAAUCAUGGUGCAAAUAUCAAUGGAAAAGAUUUGUUUGGAAAAACGGCUCUGCAUUACACGGCAGUCAAUAAUAGUAUAGAAACAGCCAAACUUCUUCUUUCACGCGAUAUAAAAAUCAAUGAAAAAGAUAAUUAUGGAAAAACCGCUCUUCAUUAUGCUGCAGAAAAUAAUAGUAAAGAAACAGCUGAACUUCUUGUUUCUCAUGGUACAAAUAUCAAUGAAAAAGAUAAAAGCGGGAAAAUCGCUCUUCAUGAGGCAGCAAUAAACAAUAAUAAAGAAAUAGCCGAAUUUCUUCUUUCGCAUGGCGCAAAAAUUAAUGAAACAGAUGAUUCUAAAAAAACCGCGCUUCAUUAUGCAGCAGAAAAUAAUAAUAAUGAAACAGCCGAACUUCUUGUUUCACGCAAAGCAAAAAUCAAUGAAAAAGAUAAAAACGCAAAAACUCCCCUUCAUUAUGCAUCAUAUAAUAAUAAUAUAGAAAUGGCCAAACUUCUUCUUUCUCAUGGAGCCAAAACCAAUGAAAAAGAUAAAAGUGGACAAAUACCUCUUCAUAAUGCUGCAAAUUUUUAUUAUAAAGAAAUGAUAGAACUUCUUCUUUCACACAAAGCAAAAGUCAAUCAAAAAGAUGAGCUUGGUUUCUCUCCUCUUCAAUAUGCAGUAUAUGGUACUAAAACAGAAACAACGGAACUUCUUCUUUCACAUGGUGCAAAAGUCAAUCAAAAAGAUAACCAUGGAAGUACCGCCCUUCAUGCAAUUGUACGAAGAAAUAAUGUUGCAGAAGUUAAAGUUCUUCUUUCACAUGGUGCAAAAAUCAACGAACAAAAUGAUGAAGGGAAAACUGCUCUGCAUUAUGCUGCACAAUACGGCACUACGGAAACUUGCGAAAUUCUUAUUUCACACGGUGCAAAAAUCAAUGAAAAAGAUAAAAAUGGAAGAACCGCACUUCAUAUUGCAGCAGAAUACAAUAACAAAGAAAUAGUAGAACUUCUUGUAUCACAUGGUGCAAAUAUCAAUGAAAAAGAUAAAUUUAAAAAUUCUGCUCUGCACUAUGCUGCACAAUACGGCACUACGGAGAUUUGCGAAAUUCUUAUUUCACACGGUGCAAAUAUCAACGAAAAAGAUAAAAAUGGAAGAACCGCACUUCAUAAUGCAGCAUUGCAUAAUAGCAAAGAAAUAGUAGAACUUCUUGUAUCACUUGGUGCAAAUAUCAACGAAAAAGAUAUAUAUGGAAACACUGCUUUAAGCAUUAUAAGCGGAAUGAACUAUGAGGAAAUAGCAAAUUUUCUUAUUUCAAAUGGUGCAAGAUACAAUUAA